GUGUUUGUGUAGCAGCGUUAGCAGGAGCAUAGCAGUGAGAGUUGAGGCGGCAGACCUUCAGGUGAACUCGUGCGCACUCAGGAGUCCAGCAGGGACCAGGACCAGGAUGGAGGAGGACCAGCAGAACCCGGAGCAGCGGAGCAACAACGUCCCCAGAAGACAAGCAGCAGGCUCGUCCUCUCAGGAACGGAGAGCAGGAGGCGGAGUCAAGCGUUACCGCUGUCAGCACUGUGACAAAUUAUUCACAGCUGGACAUUUAAAGCUUCAUCAGAGACGUCUCGCUGGAGAGAAACCGCACAGCUGUGACCUGUGUGGGAAAGCCUUCACCACACCAGGUUCCCUCAAAAUCCACCAGCGCGUCCACACAGGAGAGAAACCCUACAGCUGUGCCCUGUGUGGGGCAGCUUUCGCACAGGUGGCUCACCUAAGUAAACACCAGCACAGUCACACAGGAGAGAAACCGUACGGCUGUGACGAAUGUGGGAAAACAUUCAGCACGCGGGGAUCCCGAGAAAUCCACCAACGUGUCCACACAGGAGAGAAACCGUACAGCUGUGAUCAGUGCGGGGCAGCGUUCCUGCGCAAUUAUCACCUAAAAAGCCAUCAGCGUAUUCACACAGGAGAGAAACCGUACAGCUGUGAGCAGUGUGGGAAAGCAUUUUUACGCAGUAAUCACCUCAGGCUCCAUCAGCUCGUUCACACAGGAGAUAAACCGUACAGCUGUGACCAGUGUGGGAAAGCCCUCGCCACAGCUUAUUCCUUAGAAAUCCACCGACGUGUUCACACAGGAGAGAAGCCGUACCGAUGUGACCAGUGCUGCGCAGAGUUUGCGCAGAUUUUUAGCUUAAAGAGCCAUCAGCGCACUCACAGUGGAGAGAAACCGUACACGUGUGAUCGAUGUGAGAAAUCUUUUGCCAAUCUUAGCAGCUUGGUGUGUCAUCGGCGCGUUCACACUGGAGUCAAACCGUACUGGUGUGAACAGUGUGGGAAAGCUUUCAGUAGAUCAAGUUACAUGAAGAUCCACCAGCGCAUUCACACAGGAGAGAAACCUUACAGCUGCGACCAAUGCGGGAAGGCUUUCGUCUCUCUCGGUCACCUGAAAUAUCACCAAGGCGCUCACGCUGCACCGUGACCUCCUCUCAGAGCCGAGAGCUUCUCCUGCCUCCUGACUGUCCGUAUUUCGGAUAUUUCAGUGUGAAAUUCUAUGAAUUGUCUAAAUAUACGAUAGAAAUGUGUUGGUACUUGAGGAGGCCUCAGUGUGACUCUAAAUACUGUGAGUUUAAAUACUGUAUCGUCAAAACCUUGCAGACGUUUUAGCUCUGAUGACGGACACAUCUGUAUGACGUGAAAAUCCAAAAUCUGAGUGUGAAUCCAAGUAAUUAAAUGAUUCUGUCACGUCAUAUUUUUGGUUUUUCUUUGUCCAUGUUCGUGCUGCACAGCAGUUUUGCUCUCCUAUUUGUGUCGACAUUAAACAAAUUUUUCAAGUAAGA